AUGAGGGCCUUGGCAGUCAGCGUCCUGUCUCUGCUGCUGGCAGCACCCAUCAAAGCUUUAGAAAUAGACCUUUCGAGUAAAUCAUCAAUCAAGGAUGCAGCCAGCACGAUAGCCUACGGUCUCGUCAAGUACUACAAUGGAAACCUCACGGGCGGUAUCCCCGGUCUACUCCCGGGUUCUUAUUACUGGUGGGAGGCAGGCGGCAUGUUUGGCCACCUCAUCGACUACUGGUACUACACUGGCGACGCUACAUACAACGACAUUGUCAUGCAGGGCAUGAUGCACCAGAUAAAUGCCCCCGCUGGCGAUUACCUCCCGCGCAACCAGUCCAACGCCAUGGGAAACGACGAUCAGGGCUUCUGGGCCGUCACCAGCAUGAUGGCCACCGAGGCCGCCUUUCCGAACCCGCCCUCGGACACCCCGCAGUGGCUCGCCGGCGCGCAGGCCGUCUUCAACGAAUACGUCAUUCGCUGGCAAGAGGAAAACGGGCUCUGCGGCGGCGGCCUGCGCUGGCAGGUCUAUUCCUUUUUAAAGGGCUACGACUACAAGAAUAGCAUCGCCAACGGCUGCUUCUUCAACGUGGCCGCUCGUCUUGCGCGCUUCACCCGAAACGAUACGUAUGCCGAAUGGGCGACCAAAAUCUACGAGUGGCAAGAGGGCAUCGGGCUGAUUGGCAAGAAUUAUGAAGUGUAUGAUGGGUAUAACGUCUUUGACGAUACAAAGACGUGCGGCCACCUGCAUGAUGUCCAAUUCAGCUAUAAUGCGGGCAUCUGGCUCGCUGGUACCGCGGCCAUGUACGAUUAUACCAAAAAGGACAUUUGGAGAACCCACGUCGACGGCCUGCUCAACUUCACCAAGGGCAUGUUCAUCUCGCAAGAGGGCGGCCACCUCUGGGAGCCCCCCUGUGAAAAGACGGCCCGCGGCUGCGACCAGAAUCAGGUCAGCUUCAAAGGCUACGUCAUCCGCUUCCUCGCCUUCACCGCGCAGAUGGCGCCCUGGACCGCGGACGGCAUCAAAACCAUUCUGCAGCAGGCCGCCAAGGACGCCGCCGCCGCGUGCAUCGGCCCGCGCAACGAAAAGUACCAGGGCGCUGACGGGACCGCCUGCGGCUUCACCUGGCUCGAGGGCAAAAAGUACGACGGCCUGGCUGGCGUGGGCCCGCAGAUGAAUGCGCUCGCUGCGGUGUUUUACAACUUGCUCGAGGAUGCGAAGCCGCCGGCGACGAGCGAGGAUCGCGGUACAUCAAAGGGCAAUCCAAACGCGGGAAGCAACGUGGCGCAGCCGCUGCCGGAGCCGAGGAAGCUCGUCACGGCGGAUAGGGCUGGUGCUGCAAUCCUGACCAUGUUGGUUGCGGCGGGCAUUGUUGGGGGAAGUCUCUUUUUGAUGAGCAAUCUUUUUGAUUGA